GCCGGCCCCGCCGGGGCGGGAAGGUGCGGCCGCCCCGCCCCGCCCGCCAGACGCCACAUCCUGCAGGUGCCGCGGGGCGGCCAUCGCGGAGGGGCUGCCGCUACCGCCGGCUCGAAGAAGAAGGGAUUGAGUAAAAUCGCGGUCAACCAAAAUGGGGCAACACCUAAAGCACCUGUGAGGAGUCUGAGAGCGUGCCUUACUGCCGUGCGCUGGAGCCAGCAGAGGAAGAUGUGUGUUUUUAUCCUCGUGCAAAGCCGAGCCGUCUAACUACUGAGCAAAGCGAUGUGCUGAAAUUGUAGAUCCUGACAAAAUGGGAGCACUUGUGUUCUCUGCGACUUGCAGUUUACUUCUAGCCCUGGUGCGAGGGCACAGUUUAUUUACAUGUGAGCCAAUUACUAUCUCCAGAUGUUCAGGAAUGCCUUACAAUAUGACUUUUUUCCCAAACAUCAUGGGACACUAUGAUCAGGACACAGCUGCUCGCAAAAUGGAGCCUUUUCUUAUUCUUAUGAAUCUUCACUGUUCACCCGACGUCCACACAUUUCUGUGUAGAGCCUUUGUCCCUGCCUGCCUGGAUCAAAUUCAUGUGAUUCACCCUUGUCGAAGCCUCUGUGAGAAAGUGUAUUCUGACUGUAAGCAGUUGAUGGACACGUUUGGAAUUGCAUGGCCUGAAGAGUUGGAAUGUACCAGACUGACUAAUUGUGAUGAGAGCGUUCCUGCCACUGCUGCUGUAACCACAAACAUACAUGGAACUCGGAAGACCCCAGGCCAGAUCCGAAGGGAUUAUGGAUUUUGGUGUCCCCGGCACCUCCACACUAACAAUGGACAAGGCUACAAGUUUCUAGGAAUUGAUCAGUGUGCACCACCAUGUCCCAAUAUGUACUUCAAAAAUUAUGAAUUGGAUGUGGCAAAAAGCUUCAUUGGAAUAGUUUCAAUCUUUUGUCUUUGUGCUACGCUUUUCACAUUCCUGACUUUUCUGAUUGAUGUUAAAAGGUUUAGGUACCCAGAGAGACCGAUCAUAUAUUACUCUGUCUGUUACAGCAUAGUCUCUCUGAUGUACUUUAUUGGGUUUUUACUUGGGAACAAAACUGCCUGUAACGAGGCAGAUGAUAAGUUAGAAAUUGGUGAAACGGUUGUUCUUGGCUCCCAAAACAAAGCCUGUACCGUCCUUUUCAUGGUUUUGUACUUUUUCACUAUGGCAGGAACUAUUUGGUGGGUGAUUCUUACAAUCACUUGGUUCCUUGCAGCGGGAAGAAAAUGGAGCUGUGAAGCUAUUGCCCAAAAGGCCAUGUGGUUCCACGCGGUUGCCUGGGGAAUACCUGGUUUUCUAACCAUUAUGCUCCUUGCGAUGAACAAAGUUGAGGGAGACAAUAUCAGUGGGGUUUGCUUUGUGGGUCUCUAUGAUCUGGAUGCCUCUCUGUACUUUGUGCUUUUGCCGCUGUGCCUUUGUGUGUUUUUCGGUCUCUCUCUUCUCUUAGCUGGUAUUAUUUCAUUAAAUCACGUGCGCCAAGUCAUCCAGCAUGAUGGCAGGAACCAGGAGAAGCUAAAGAAAUUCAUGAUCAGAAUUGGAGUUUUUAGUGGUUUAUACUUGGUGCCACUGGUAGCACUUCUUGGAUGUUAUGUUUAUGAACUGGUAAACCGGAAAAUCUGGGAAACGACUUGGGUGUUUGACCACUGUGACCAGUACCACAUUCCUUGUCCUUAUCAGGCAAAGGCACUAGCAAGACCAGAAAUAUUUUUGUUUCUGAUGAAAUAUUUGCUGACAUUAAUUGUCGGCAUAUCUCCAGUCUUCUGGGUGGGAAGUAAAAAGACCUGUUCUGAAUGGGCCAAUUUCUUCAACAGAAACCGCAAAAGAGAUCCAAUCAGUGAGAGUCGAAGAGUGCUGCAAGAGUCAUGUGAAUUUUUCUUGAGACACAAUUCCAAAGUUAAACACAAAAAGAAGCACUACAAGUCAACUUCACACAGACUUAAAGUCAUUUCAAAGUCAAUGGGUACCAGUACAGGUGGCGCAACAAAUCAUGGAACUUCUGCCGUGGCAAUCACUAAUCAUGAUUACUUAAGCCAAGAAACUGUUGCAGAAAUUAAAACCUCUCCAGAGACAUCUGAGAGAGAGAUAGAGGCAGACGGAACAUCAGCCCGAAGAGCUGAGGCAGGUGAAAACAGCGGAGAUCAAAUGUUAUCUGGUUCUAAAUUAACUGUGGAUCAGGUGGAAAGAAGAAACAAAGCUGAUAGCACAUGUCAUAUGAGUAGCUUGGCUGAGAGUAUGAAGAGAGUAGGUGAAGGAAGAAUAACACCUAAAAAUGAUUUUAGUGAAUCUUCUCCACUGCAAAGCAGCUGUUCCCAAAUACCUGAUGUCUCACAGUCAGCUUCCAUAUCCCUACUUGUCUAUUCAGCUUCAGACACCAGAAGAGAGUUGGAUUCAGCAAACAGUUCAAAUCCUUGAAAGAUUGAAAUUUUAUAUGAACAUUUGCAGUUUAUAAAACUGACAUGAAUUCUGUGUUACACUGGAAAUAAUGGAUAUUCUGUGCCUUAUUAAAAAACACACAUAUCUUGCUUUGCACUUAAAAAUGUAUGUUUUGUUGUGGAAACAGCUAACAAUAAUGUACUGUAUUUUAUCCUAUCCAGGAAUAAUGGAAAUUGAAGUUCUGCAGGACAUGGCAGUAAUCUAAGAAAAAGAUGAGACAAUUAUUAUUCCUUAUAUAAAGAAUAUUUUGUAAUGAAUUGCAUUAAAGUGAUGCUUAGAAAGCACUGUUACUUUUCAAGGUAUAAAAGUUACAUCUGCCUCUUUGAUAUUUUUUAACACUUGUUAAUUUUUUUCUCUUUUUACUAUCUCUUAAACAAUAAUAUCACUUAAAUAAGGGAUACACAAAUUUAUAAAUACUCUGUAAAUUGUGUCCUGUUGUAUCAAUUACAGCACUGGUUUAUGGUAGCUUGUACACUGAAUAUGAAAGGGAAUCUGGAAUUAUAGCAAUUUAUUUUGUACAUAAAAAUGAAUUUUGUAAAUAACUGACUGCAUAAGGUCAAUCUCUAGAACUGCUGGUUUUGUAUGUAUUGUACAAACUUGGGAAAGCUCACGUGCUUCCGUCAGGGGUUGCUGAAGCCAAGAGUCCUCCGGUGAUCAGACAACGAGAGUCAGUUCCGAGUAAAGCAGGUUGGACCUCUACCUGUAACAUGCACCAUCAUCUGGGGUCAGACUGGUCA